UGUGUAAAUCAUCUAAGCAAGAACAAUCGCUUAUUCUUGAGAAAAAGACUGCACAAUGCAGAUACUGACCAUGCCUUUUGUCUUUCUCUUGCUGGGGCUUUUCUCCUCAAAACCAUACGUAGCAUCAGCUGCUUGGCUCCGAGCCCAUGCAACUUUCUAUGGUGGGAAUGAUGCUUCUGGUACAAUGGGCGGUGCUUGUGGAUAUGGAAAUCUAUACACCGAUGGUUAUGGAGUCAAAACUGCUGCACUGAGCACAGCUUUGUUCAACGAUGGCAAGUCAUGUGGUGGGUGCUAUCAGAUUGUCUGCGAUGGAACCCAGGUCCCCCAAUGGUGCCUUAAGGGCUCAUCGAUUACUAUUACUGCUACAAACUUCUGCCCACCAAAUUAUAAUCUCCCUAAUGACAAUGGAGGGUGGUGCAAUCCUCCACGGCCACACUUCGACAUGUCUCAACCUGCAUUCGAGACCAUUGCCAAGUACCGGGCCGGAAUUGUACCUGUUUUCUACCGGAGAGUGGGAUGCAGGAGAAGUGGGGGCAUAAGAUUCACAAUCAAUGGAAGGGACUACUUUGAGCUUGUGCUGAUAUCAAAUGUAGGAGGAGCAGGAGAGAUCUCCAGUGUGUGGAUCAAAGGGUCUAAGUCCAACAGAUGGGAGACCAUGUCAAGAAAUUGGGGUGUGAAUUGGCAGAGCCUGAGCUAUCUAAAUGGGCAGAGCUUGUCGUUUAGAGUCCAAGCCAGCGACGGAAGUAUCGUCACUGCUCUUAACGUUGUACCUUCCAACUGGGUGUUUGGGCAGUCCUUCAAAAGCAAUGUUCAAUUCUAGAGUUUUUAGUUUCCCUUCUCAACCAUUCUGAUUUGUUUGUGUUUAUUUCUGUUUCUAUCAUCAUCAUCAUUGUAUUGAUUGCUUACCCUGGUUGUGGCUUAGCAUUGUGCAAUGAAGCCCACGGUAAAUGCUAUGCAAAUUAAUUACAAAUAAUAAAAUGAAAAACAAAAACAAUUUGAGCAGCAC